AGUGGACUCCGUCCUGCUAGUGACCAUCAUGUCGUCUCCUCAUCUCCAGACAUACAAUGAACGAGCAAAGAAACACGCCAACAAAGCCGCAAAGGCGUUGCUCGAGAUCAUGGCGGAAAAGCAGUCAAAUCUCUCCGUCAGUGUCGACGUGACUAAGACCAAAGACUUCUUCGACAUCAUCGAGGCAGUUGGUCCUCAUGUUUGUCUUAUAAAGACCCAUAUUGAUGUACUCGAAGAUUUUGACGCAACCGUGAUUGACCGACUCCGAGAGCUUAGCGAAAAGCACAAGUUCUUGAUAUUCGAGGAUCGGAAAUUCGCCGACAUCGGAAGCACCGUGGUAUUGCAGUAUUCGAAAGGGAUCUAUAAGAUCGCAGACUGGGCUCACAUCACCAAUGCUCAUGCUGUUCCGGGGCCAUCGAUUAUCACUGGUCUCGCCUCGGUUGGUAUUCCUAAAGAUCGGGGCCUCAUUCUACUGGCGGAAAUGAGCUCCAAGGGUGCACUGACCACCGGGUCAUAUACCGAAGAUGCGGUUCGCAUGGCUCGAGCUCGCAGGGAUUUUGUCAUCGGCUUUAUUGCUCAACAUCGCAUGGAGGGUAUCGGUGCAUCCGAUACUGACAACAUUGCGGGAGAAGAUUUCUUGGUUCUCGCGCCAGGAGUAGGCUUAGAUGUUACAGGCGAUGCUAUGGGUCAGCAAUACCGCACUCCAGAGCAAGUCGUUUUUGAAAGUGGAUGUGACGUUAUUAUCGUUGGAAGAGGCAUUUAUGGCAAGGGUGAAAAUGUGGAUACAAGGGAGGUUCUCAAGCAAGCUCAGAGAUAUCAAGCUGCUGGUUGGGAAGCAUACAAAAAGCGCGUUCAAAGCACAUAAGUAGCAGGGUAUAAAUAACCAUACGACUUACCUAGAAAUAACCCCACCAUAAGUUGCUUAAUAGCACUCCAUAUCUUUAUCCGACACCACCACCACCCAGCGUCUCUGUCUCCUGCUGUCUCCUCUCCUCCUCUCUUUCUUCUCUUUCUUCUGCCUCUACGACCUCAACAUCGAGAGGAAAUGUGAGUAUUGCAGCAAUACCCGUCAGUUGAUUCAACUCUGUAACCUCAUAAGCAUAAUGUAUGGGAGCACAUUCAGAAGCAUACGUUGACCGGAUUCGUGCAUGCUC